CACAACAGCCUCCAAGCAACCCAGCUUCCUUCUUCCCAUCACAAGAAACCCUAAGACGCAGUAGAAGAUCUACUCGCCAUGGCCCCGAAGAAAGGAGUAAAGCUGACGGCUUCGUCCAAGAAGAAGCCUGAGAAGGUUGUCAAUCCGUUGUUCGAGAAGCGUCCGAAGCAGUUUGGAAUCGGCGGGGCUUUGCCUCCGAAGAGGGAUUUGCACAGGUUCGUGAAGUGGCCGAAGACUGUUCAAAUCCAGAGGAAGAAGAGAAUUCUUAAGCAGAGAUUGAAGGUCCCUCCAGCUCUAAACCAGUUCACCAAGACCUUGGAUAAGAACCUAGCAACAAGUCUGUUCAAGUUGCUCCUUAAGUAUAGGCCUGAAGACAAAGCAGAGAAGAAGGAACGUCUUCUGAAACGUGCCCAAGCUGAGGCUGAAGGGAAAACUGCGGAAGCCAAGAAGCCCAUUGUCGUGAAAUAUGGGCUCAACCAUGUCACCUACCUGAUUGAGCAGAAUAAGGCACAAUUGGUUGUGAUCGCUCAUGAUGUUGACCCUAUUGAGUUGGUCGUUUGGCUCCCUGCCUUGUGCAGAAAGAUGGAGAUCCCUUACUGUAUCGUCAAGGGGAAAUCGCGUUUGGGAUCGAUUGUCCACAAGAAAACAGCGGCUGCAUUGUGCUUGACAACAGUGAAGAAUGAGGACAAGUUGGAGUUCAGCAAAGUCCUGGAGGCCAUCAAGGCUAACUUUAACGACAAGUACGAUGAGUACAGAAAGAAGUGGGGAGGUGGUAUCAUGGGCUCCAAAUCACAGGCCAAGACCAGGGCCAAGGAAAAACUUUUGGCCAAGGAAGCCGCUCAGAGGCUGAGCUAAGACCAUAAGCACAUUAGACCUGGAAUUGGAUGAGCCUCUUUCCUAUUUAUUGAUUUUCAUGGCUAUUUUCCUGCUCUUUCUUUUUGUGUACUUGAAAAGGACCGUGUAGCUACAAAUAGAGUGCGGAUGUUCUUUUCAUCUGGUUUAACAUCCAAGACAACCUUUAGUUCUCUUCUUGGUUUUAAUUUGAAGUAUUUUUAUUUAAUUCGAGGAUCACUUUAGUGCU